AUGGCACAGAAUAUGGAUGAAAUGCACAAAAGGCCCAAGGGCAUCCUCAAAAACCCGAGCUCUCACAAUGUUCCUCAAGUGUCGCACACCAGUGAUACUAUUCCACCCCCUCCUUCAUCGACCGACCCCGUGGACACCAAGGAACUCACCCUCCAGAACACCCUCCAGAACGCAGGACGUCGUCGGUCAUCCUCCACCACCCGUCCGGGGACUUCGUCUCGACGCCAGUCCCUCGUCAGCAUUAAAAACGAUGAGAACUCCCCGCGCCUGAAAUGGGACGAGGCGAACCUGUACCUUACGGAGCAGGAGAAGACGGCGAAGAUGAAGAUUGACGAGCCCAAGACACCCUUUGCCCCGCACUACGAUCCGGCCGAAGACGAGGAAGAAAUGAAGCUCGUGGAAGCGCAAGAGAGGCUGAUUGAUGCGCAAGGAGUGGUCGUGGAUGAACUGGACGAGUCGAGAAAGCCCCCCAGGAAAGCCGUCGCGGAGGACGACAUCCCGGAGUUGGAACUGGGGGUUCCGGAGGAAUCUAUCGCGGAUGUUGGUCGGGUCGAAAGAGGCGAUCGCAUCGUGCGUGAUCGCAGUCUCAGCAACGAGUCGCACCGGAGUGACAAGCAUGUGGUUGUUGGUGCCGACGAGACGAAUGGAGAGGCCGCUUCAGGUGCCGACGGGUUGAUGACCACGGAAGAAGCCAAGGAGAAACACCGUCAGUUCGAGCAGCAGCGGAAACGACACUACGAGAUGCGAAAUAUCAAGGAGCUCCUGGCACACCCCGAGAACCUGGAUGAAAUGGAUGAAGAUGAAGACAACAACGAGGACGAGGACGAUCGUUCGCCUCCGGCGCCUCCUCUGAUGCCCCAGAUUCCCGAGCGAUUCUUGAAUGGGAAGAAAUAG